GUACUCGUAUAAUGUAUAAAAUGAAGUUGAUUGGCUAUUGAUUGAUUGUGAUAAAACUCGAAGGCUGCCAUCCAUGCGGCGAGGCAGCUGAUGAUGUACCAGUGCGACCUCAGCAUGUAGUGGCGGCGUGCGGUGCUGCGUGUGACGGUGUGACGCAAUGCGCAAGCGCAGACGCGGUAGCGCCGUAUACCCUCAGUCAGCGCCUACCACUCGUCGAGCUUCAUAAUUGUUACACAGACGAGUUCAAUAAUUAAGCGAUAAAUAUACCAGCACUGUGGCGGUGAGAGGAGGGCGGCAGUCGAGCAGUGGCCGCGUUGCGUAUCACACACCCGCGCCGAGUGAUGGACCCGAAGCUCGUUCGACAUUUUUCUAUCGGAGGCCGUAGGAAUCUCACUUGACUGGUUCCCGCGCAGCACUGCGUUAGUGCGCCGCUCUGGUGAACCCUUUCGCUUGUAAAUGUGCCGAUAUUUACAUAUGCGCGCUCGAUCUCGCAUCGAACUUUCGAUCUGCGCCCGUGUGUCGAGUGGUGUCGCCCGCAAGCUGGCUGCCGCCGCAACCGGCAAGCACGCGCCGGCGCUGCCGCCCCAGCGCGCUCACCUCCUGCACAACGUGCAAUGAGCUACGUGGGUCGAGGAGAAUUAUGCGUGGGGCGUGCGCGUGCGCAGUGGUGUGCGCGUUGGUGGCGCUUUGCGCGGCCUCGGGGCUCGACGAAGAGACGCGCUCCGCCGCCGAGCGGCAGCUGCUCGCGCUGCUGGGUAUGCCACGGCGGCCCGCCCGUAGUGCUGCCACGCCGCCACCUGUGCCCCGCGCCAUGCGCCUGCUGUACGAGGCGCAAGGUGCCAUGCCGGCCGCCGCCGCUAACACGGCCCGCUCAUAUCACCACACUCCCACCGAUAUCGACGUGCGCUUCCCCAACGAGCAUCGGUUUCGGCUCUUCUUCAAUUUGAGCGCUGUGCCCGCUGACGAGAUAGCACGCGGUGCCGACGUCACCUUUCAGCGCGCUUCCGGCGCAACGAGUGAUCAGCGACUUUUGUUAUAUGACAUAGUAAGGCCCGGACGUCGCGGUCAGAGUGCUCCUAUAUUGCGGUUAUUAGACUCUAAACCACUUAGGCCCGCCAAGGGCACUGUUACUACGGACGCUAUAGGUGCUGUGCGACGAUGGCUAAGCGAGCCUGAACACAAUCAUGGACUAUUAGUGCGUGUCAUAGAAGAAGAUGCGCACGGUACAGAUGCGCGAGUGCCACAUGUUAGAGUGCGGAGACGUGCGUCUGAGAACGAAGAAGAAUGGCGUGCUAUGCAGCCACUACUACUCCUAUAUACAGAAGACGGUCGAGCGAGAGCCGCUCGGGAACUUGGAGAAACGCGGCUAACGAGAAACAAGCGCGCAGCCCAGAGAAAAGGGCACCGUGCGCACCAUCGCCGCAAAGAAGCUCGAGAAAUCUGCCAGCGGCGACCGUUGUAUGUGGAUUUUGCAGAAGUAGGAUGGAGCGAUUGGAUUGUCGCACCUCAUGGGUACGACGCGUAUUACUGUCAGGGUGAUUGCCCAUUCCCGCUUGCGGACCAUUUAAACGGUACGAAUCACGCGAUCGUACAAACUCUUGUGAAUUCGGUGAAUCCGGCAGCGGUGCCUAAAGCGUGUUGCGUGCCGACGCAACUCGCCCCUAUUUCCAUGCUAUACAUGGAUGAAGCGAACAAUGUGGUGCUCAAAAAUUAUCAGGACAUGAUGGUUGUGGGUUGUGGUUGUCGAUGACGAAGGCGCCCCCCACGCCGGUGCGGACCUAAUGAUAUCGUGGACCCAGUGUAUAUAUAGUAGUGGCCUCGAAAAUUGUACAUAUCUUUUUGUGUAUAUAAUCGUGUAAUUACUAUUUUAUUGAAACGAAAAUAUAAUAAAACAUUUAAUUUGAAAAGUAAAGUUUUUUCAAUAAUUUA